AUGAAUAACAAUCGAGAGGAGCGGCUGCAAAUGCGGCAGCGCGGAGCAGCGACCCGCAAAAUCAAGGAAGUCGACUUUGGUUUCUCCUUUGGUCUGGCUCCGCCGCCCGACGAACCCUCCGAACCCGCGUCGCAAUCCGAACUGGCGAACGGACCCCCCGCCCCCUCUGCUCCCUCAGAACCAGAGAGCUCGCAACCUCCUCUGGUACCGGCGAUACAGAACACCCCUCCGCCUCUCAGCCGGAGUUCGUCCCAGCGGACACCGGGAAGCGCGCGUAAUGGACUGCCCGAACGGCCGUCGACGUUCGAUGUCCCCGCAGAUGAGGCGCCGGACCUAGGACGUAGCAGCAAACGCCGGAAGAUUGAAUCUCCGCCCACGAGUCGAAGGAUAUCCCCGCGUCGCUCCUCGCCCCUGCAGAAUGGCACUCAGAGCACCCCGCCAGUCCAAUCCCCUAACGAACCAAUUGAAGCCCCCACUGCCACGAAUGCAACGGAACAUGGGAUCCAAACGACCGAGACAAUCACUACAUCUCCUGUCGUCAAUAACGCCCCGGCCGGGUCGCCUCAAAACGUACCCGAACCACCGCCUAAGCCAUCUGAAAAUGGUCCCGAGCCUGUACCAGAACUUGCACCGGAGCCUGCACCUGAGAAUCCGCCCCAAGUCUUGACUCAUAAAUCACCCGAACAACAACCGGUACAACCGUCACCGGAGCAGUUGCCUCAUGAAGGCCCUACUGAUGUGCCGACGAACGAGCCGGGAAAUCAAUUGGGCGGAGAGCCAGACUCUAACCAGGUUGAACCGAAAUCGCCUCCGGCCCAACAAACAGUCUCCCAACCUACUGACAGGUCAUCGCCUGCCGACUCUACGAGAAGUAAACGCAAACGAGGAACUGGCGCAGACCAACGUUCAUCGCAAAGCGCAAGUCCAGUGGCCAAGGACGAUGCCUCUCAAGCAGCGCUACCUCCCCAGCCGGAAGACUCCAUUGAUAGCCCAGGUGACAAGCGUAAAACACGAGGAUCCUCGGCCGGUAGUCGCCCGAGCGCAAGUCCAGAAGUCGACCAUAGUGCUCAACCACCCGCACAAUUCCCACCGCCGGAGCAGUCAGUGGAAGCCCCGACAGCCCAACGGAAGACACGUGGCACCAACGGUAGCGCACGUUCGUCAAAGAGCGCAAGUCCCAAAUCUGUCAGCGAAAGUAUUCAACCGUCAGCAAGGGUUCCAACACCGGAGGAGCCCGUGGUCGCCUCUGCAGGAGAUGGGAAACCACAAGUUGUCAGCGCAAGAGCACGUUCGUCGAAGAGCGCAAGCCCAAGGAUCGCCGAUGAAAGUAUCCAACAAUCGCAAGCUGCAGUACCGAACGGGCCUCAAGAUGCCCCGACAGGUAAACGGACGACGAGGGGAGCCAGUGCUGGUGAACGUCCUUCGAAGAGCGCAAGCCCAAGGAUCGCCGAUGAAAGUAUCCAACAAUCGCAAGCUGCAGUACCGAACGGGCCUCAAGAUGCCCCGACAGGUAAACGGACGACGAGGGGAGCCAGUGCUGGUGAACGUCCUUCGAAGAGCGCAAGCCCAAGAUCUGUCGGUGAGAGUGCACAGCAACCGCCUCAAGUUCCGACGCCAGAUCAGCCGUUGGAGGUUUCUUCAGGCAAGGGGAAAACACGAGGAGCCAGUGCAAGUGCACGACCUGCUCAGGGCGGCAGCCCCGAGAUCGGUAGCGAGACAUCUCAGCAGCCCAAAGAAGCUUCGCAGGCGGAAGAGCCACGGAAAGCCACCAGAGGCAAGCGCAAAAGACGGGGUUCCAGUGCGAGUGGACGUUCUCCACCGCAGAGCGUUACGGCCUUAGAAUCGGGCGACAAGGAGGUCGAACUUCCACCACCAGAAGAACCACAAGAUACUCUCCUGGAGAAGGAGCAGUCGGAGCCUCAGCCUCAGCCAACGAAACGACACCGAGGCCGACCCCAAAGGGCUGCCCAGAAAUCGCCGGCGCCAGGCGAGGAAACGGCAGAGAAGGCGGCUGGUUUCCCCGAGAACAACUCAGCAAAGGAGCCAUCACCUCCGCGUCGAGGACCCCAAGGCCUCCGCAACCGAAACGCGAGGAACUCCACGCCAGAGGUCGCUGCUGCGGAGGAACAACCAGCUACUGAGCCGGCACAGGUGGAAGGUUUUCCUGAGACAGAUGCUACGAGUCAUGACGAAAGUCGCCAGCCACGAUUGAAGGCGGCGGCAAACAAGAAACCGAAGCGCGCUGGACGCGGAGAAAAGAAAGCUGAACCGGCGGAAAUGUCUGAAGAGGUACCCCGACCGGGUCGCAAGGGUAGGAAAGCACGAAAAGCACAAGAGCAGGAACAGACCCAAGAGCGUGAGUCGCAGCCGGAGCCGGAGCCAGAACUUGAAUUGGAUAGUGCACCAGAGCGCCAGCCAGAAGUUGAACCCGAACCCGAACCCGAAGCGGAGCCUGAGCCUGAACCUCAACCCGAACCAUCGACUCGCAAACGUGGCCGUGGCAAACCGUCACAAUCAAAGGACGACAGAACACCUCAGCUUGAAGAACGUGCGACCCAGGGCAAUGUCGAAGAAUCAACCACCUCCCGACCUAAGCGAAAGCCGCGACAACCUCGCGGCGAAGCCGUACCAGUGACUGUGCACCGUCUGGCAAACGUUGCAUCUCUCGGCGGUGCCCCCCUUACCGGCACCUCGUCCGACGAAGAAGAAGACGAUGAAAACGACGAAGAAACCGCCGAAGAGCUCUCCACCCGACUAAAGGCUAAACUGCCUACCCGAGGCGGCGUCAACGUCGCCGACGUCCUCAGCCAAAUAUGUCGCGAAACGCUCGAAAAGACACUCACAACGCUGAACAACGGCAUCGAAAACGAGGGCAAUGCUGCGCGCCGGUCGGAAUGGGCGCGCAAGAAGAAGGCCGUCGAGGCCUACGGCACCGAGCUCGAGGGCCGGCUCUACGAGCUCAGCGAGAUGCUCGACAGCAACUUUGUUUUGGGCGUGCAGCUGAGGAAGUCUAAGCGGGAGAUGCUGGACCAGCGUACUCGACUGUUCCAGCUCCGCAAAGAACGCGAGGCAGUCGCGUUGCGCAUGGACGCCGUGCGCAAGAAACAUUCGGAAGAAGAGAAUGCCAGAGCUACUCGCUCAACAAUCAACCACUCCCUCCACAACAUCGAUCUCGCUCUCGAACGAAGCAAGAAGCCGCAACCUCAAUCCACCGAUUCGACCAAUCCCCAAGAUUCCUCCUCCUCUUCUACUUCCUCCCCAACUGUUGGCCUCGAGUUUCUUCUGCGCAACGUCGCGGAAAACGCGAGCUCCAGGGCCUCUGGAGCUCAGGGUGGUCUGUUAUCACAGAUCCGAGCUUUCAACGCGCAGUUGGAAUCUACUGCGCGGAGACUGGAGAGUUAG